AUGGCGUCCAGAGCACUUCAACCUCGAAAAUACUCCGAUCUAGGUGUUUUUGUCAAGGCCCAGAUUUUGACCAAAUGCAAGCCACCCCCUGCUUCCGUUUCCUUUGCGGGUCAAACAGCCAUCAUCACUGGCAGCAAUGUGGGAAUAGGUCUUGAAACCUGCCGCCAGAUGUUGAAACGCGGCCUCUCUCACCUGGUCAUGGGGGUACGAAGUACAGCUAAAGCGGAGAGUGAAGCUUCCAUACUCCGAAAGUCUCAUCCCAAAGCCGUGAUCGACGUUUGGCCCCUGGACAUGAACUCUUACAAGUCCAUCCAAGACUUCGCUUCUCGAAGUGCUUCCGCACUAUCCAGUCUUGACAUCGUUAUUCUCAAUGCGGCGGUAUUCAACUCUCAAUGGAAAAUGAGUCCCACCGGCCACGAGGAGACCUUCCAAGUCAACUAUCUCUCAACUGCGCUGCUUGCGAUACUGUUUCUCCCGCUUCUAAAAGCCAAGAGCUCAACGGGACAUCCUGGACGCCUCAUGAUCGCUUCCUCAAAUGUUGCUAUCAACAACACAUUCCCAAGCCAGGACGCGGUGCCACUUCUCCCAUCGUUUGAUAACCAGGAGUACUAUGGCACUUAUUAUAAUCGCUAUGCGGUAUCGAAGAUGCUUGUUGUGAUGCUCACCGAUAAACUCAGCGAGUUGGUGCGCCCAGAAGAUGUGAUCAUCAACACUGUGGAUCCUGGAUAUACCAGUGGUUCCGAUUUGCAUCGCAGUUUCUCUGGGGGCUUGAGUUUAAUGUUCAGUACCCUCAAGACGCUGACCGCACGAACGCCAGAGCAGGCGGCAUGGCUUUACUUGGAUGCUGUUGCGGUUAAAGGUCCGGAGAGCCAUGGCGGAUAUCUCAUGAACUCGGAGAUAUGCCCUUUCAACCCUUUAAUGUACACCUCUGAGGGCAAGACAAGUGAGGAAAGACUCUGGGAUGAGACAUUGAAGGAACUAGAAUUCGCAAAUGCCGAGAAGCUUAUUAAGUCAAUGACAGCGUAG